CCUUUUCACAUGCCCUCUGACCUUACAGCUUGAACGUUCCAUUGGACUUCCCGUUCCAAACCACGUGUGCUGCUCACUGGCAGCUGCUUGUUGAUCCAGCUCCAGCGAGAGAGGUUUUGUGCGAGCAACAGCAGCAUGGCGAGCCAGGGACACUGCCUCAGCUUCGAGGGCUGCAACUUCUUCAGGCAGCGGGUCUUGCUGUCCACCCUUAGCGGCAGGCCGGUGAAGAUCAACAAGAUCCGAGUAAAAGACGAGAACCCUGGCAUUAGGGACUUUGAAGCAAGCUUCAUCAGGCUGAUGGAUAAAAUAACAAAUGGGACAAAGAUCGAGAUCAACCAAACGGGUUCAUCAUUGUACUACCAGCCCGGCUUGCUUACUGGUGGGACAUUAGAACACGACUGCAACAUCCAGCGUUCUAUCGGCUACUACUUAGAAAGUCUUCUAUGCCUUGCUCCUUUCAUGAAGAACCCACUGAAAGUAACUCUUAGAGGAAUCACCAAUGAUCAAGUGGACCCUUCAGUGGACACGCUAAAGGCAACAGCCAUUCCUCUACUGAAAAAAUUUGGUGUUGAUGGCGAGCACUUUGAGUUGAAGGUAGUUCGGAGAGGGAUGCCCCCAGGUGGUGGUGGAGAGGUUCUGUUUUCUUGUCCCGUAAGGAAAGUUUUAAGACCUGUUCAUUUGACAGACCCUGGAAAGAUAAAGCGUGUCAGAGGAGUAGCAUACUCUGUCAGAGUUUCACCUCAAAUAGGCAACAGAAUAGUGGAAUCGGCAAGGAGUGUCUUGAAUCGUUUUCUUCCAGACAUUUACAUCUACACAGACCACUUGAAAGGGGCCAAUUCUGGAAAGUCUCCAGGUUUCGGUUUGACCCUCGUUGCUGAAACAACUGAAGGCUGUUUUCUAAGUGCUGAACUUGCAUCAAAUCCUCAGGGAGAAGGUACCACAGUCCUUCCUGAGGAUCUGGGAAAGAACUGUGCAAAGCUGCUUCUAGAAGAAAUCUACAGAGGAGGCUAUGUAGAUUCCACAAAUCAGAGCUUAGUCCUACUCCUCAUGACCCUCGGACAACAAGAUGUUUCCAAAGUUCUGCUUGGCCCUUUGUCACCAUACACGAUUGAGUUUUUGCGGCAUUUGCGGAGUUUUUUCCAGAUCAUGUUUAAAAUGGAAAGCAAGACAUUCGAAGAACGGAAAGGAGCAGAAAAAGUGCUUUUGACCUGUGUUGGCGUGGGAUUCUCUAACCUUAGCAAGACUAUAAAAUAACAUCCUUGCAGUAAAAAAUGGACAUGUGUUGGUAAAGCAGAAUCAUUUGAUGGGACCAUGAAGAGAAGGAACAGCCUGUUGGGACAUGUCUAGAAUCCUUCCUUUUGAAAGAUAAAGUGGAGGCCAGGAUUCAAAAUCCAACAAAGAUGAACUGAAGUGUACAGAAAAUAUGGUUUUGUGUGGAAAUGCGUUCUAGCGAUUUCAUAUUAAAAUUAUUUUGUUCUCAAUAA